AUGAGUCUCAGCAAGUCGUUUGUGCGUCUGUUUUCAGGCUCUGCCUCGGUCCAUAGAACUGGGUACUCUACUGUGCAUCCGGUUCACCAUCUUGUCAAAGUGAACAAACCAGCUUUGAAACCAGCAUACCAAAGCCUUUUGAUACCCAAGGACGACAUCAAGUCGGUGGGUUUCAAGCCUUCGGAAAUCGACCAGGACAGAGUGGCGGAACACUACGAGAACGUAAUCAAAUCUGACUUGUUAUUACACAACUACCAGCACGACUCUGCUGUUAUCAAAGGUAACAAGAAGAGAUCAUGGGGUGAAGACUCUCCGUACAAGUUGUACCGUAACUUGAAGAAACCCAAGGGUGUCUCCCGUCCUACCAAGGAUGUGCAUCCUAUCAGAUACGAUAAUGUUCCUGAAGUGUCGCUGAUAAUCAUCCAGGCCUACAACAGAGACGCCUUGGAAGAGUCGUGGUUGAACAUUUCGACCAGAUUGCAAUUGUCACAGAUUACCAACGUUAAGGCCAAGCAAAUUUACGCUAAAGCCAACAUCUUGCCUUGGAGACUUAGAAGAGGAAAGCCUUGUGGAGGUAAAGUAGAGUUGACAGGCAGAGACAUGUCGCAGUUCAUCUCAACCUUAACUGAAUUGGUAUUACCCAGAAUAAGAACUUUCCAGGGUAUCAAAAAUACGUCUGGUGAUAACAAUGGUAACAUCACUUUUGGGUUGGAUCCUGAAGAUGUCAAGGGAUUCCCAGAAAUUGAGAACUUCCAGGAGUUGUUCCCUAACUUAACGGGUAUGCAUAUCACGUUCAAGACCAACGCCGGCACCGACGACAGGGCCAGAACCUUGUUGAGUUCUUUGGGGUUCCCAUUCUACAACCCAUGAAUCUGUAUAUAUAACAUCUGUACAUAGAAAUAGACAUGAG